AUGUCACGGUGGGCCACUCGUCAAGCCCCUCCUCAGGAGGAGGCGAGCCGUGGGCUGGCUCGCUCCGGCACGAACAGCGCCCGUGAGGGCCCGCCCGCCAGCACCACCACCACCGCCGCCGCCAGCACCACCCCCGCCGCCAACAACCCCGGGCCCGCUACAUCGUUGUCUCCUGACAGCGAUGUUGAAAUGCCGCCUCUCCCACCUUCCCCCAGCUACCUUGGGCUCGCUAUAAAAUACAUGCUGCUAUGCGGGGAUGGCGUCCAAGAGCCUGUUCCCGAUGAUGAGUGUCCCCUUCCCUCUGCAAUGUACCUCUCGCUCUUUUAUCUCUCAUUUCCCUCCCAGGCUCCCAGUAGAGAAGAUGCAUGGGCUGCCGCCUCCCGCCAUCCGGUGAGUAGGAAUGGUAUGGCUCGAUCUGGUGAAUUUGACUCUGGAAUCAAUGCGGGCAGAAUGUGGACUUGCAUUCGCACCUUCUUUUCCCAGGCGGCUGCCAACAAGCAUGUGGAUUUGGAUGCCAAGAAUCAUUAG